CACCGCAACCACCUCGUAGGUGUACUCUGUAGCAGCAUUUGGAAGAGUUGUUUCUCGGUUUCAUCUAAUCUUGUCGUCGGAGUUUCUGCAAAUUUGUGUGGCUGUUCUUGUGCAGCUCCUUUCACUACGACUGUAGCUUUUUGAGAGGUCUGAACCGUGGCUAAAUUAAAGGAGUACGUCAUGGGGGAGGAGGGGAGCCAGAAAGUUGAUGCACCCCGUAAAGAAAAUGACAGAGGAGGAGAAGAACAGGAAGCUCCAAAUGACGUUGCUGAAGGGAAGGCUGUGAUCCCACCUCCUGACCAGAAGAUUGCUUCUCCUGUUAAAGAAAAGGUUGCAGAAUCUACUGCUGAGAAAAUUUCAGGGGGUUUAGACAACAGAGAUGAUGUGCUUGCAAAGAUUGCAAAUGAGAAAAGGUUGGCUUUAAUUAAGGCAUGGGAAGAAAGUGAAAAAACAAAAGCAGAGAACAAGGCAUAUAAAAAUCAAUCCGCCAUUGGAUCAUGGGAAAGCACCAACAAAGCUUCGGUAGAGGCACAACUCAAGAAGAUAGAGGAAAAAUUCGAUAAAAAGAAGGCAAAAUAUGUUGAGAAAAAGAAAAACAAAGUGGCUGAGGUCCACAGGGCUGCUGAAGAAAAGAGGGCAGCAGUUGAAGCCACCCGAAGGAGAGAAUUUAUCAAGGUAGAGGAGACAGCUGCAAAAUUCCGUGCUACCGGAUAUGUACCUAAGAAGUUACUUUCAUGCUUCAGCUACUAAGAUUAUCAGGCAAAGAACUCAGAACAAAGAUUGAAGAGAAGUUCAUCGGAAUUGACUUUGCCCAUUUUCUUCUGUCUUGGUUUGUCAUUUGUAUUAUCUGCUAAUUUAAAGUUUGUUUCUUAAGUGUUCUUUGGUAUGUACGUGUGACACGAAACUUCUAAUUGUGAGAACGAAGGAAUUCCAGAGGAAAACAUUAUGUUCGCCAUGAAAAAGGAUAUGUGUAGUCUUUUUAAGAGUCGUUUGUAAGCAUGAAUGUCUUUUGAAAAAUGGUUUUCUUAUCGAUUGCUAUAAAAGAACUCUUUCAACUUUCA